AUGCUCUCACUAUUCGGCUGCUCCGCGAUUGAACUUGCAGCAGGUCUAUCGGAACCGGACUCGCACGGUUUGAGCACUUUUUCUCGUGUAUCAAGGCGUGAAGAUCAAACAGAACUUGUACUCGUGACAGAAGUCCGUUCCAGGGCGAUCACCCAACGGCAGCAACAGCACUGUCGACUGCGGUGUUUACCACCGCAUUUUGGCAUCUGGAGAUGUUGGCAUCGGGCUUGCACAUUUAAUACUGAUAUUGGUAUUGGCCAAGUUGAAGUUGCGAUCCCCGGCAAAGCUUUGCAAGGUAUUUGUCGUAAUGGACACGCCCGAACCAGACACGGCGGCGCGUUCGGCUUCGUUGCUAGCAUUCAUUCGAACCGUUCAGGAGGACGACCCAUUUCGGCGCAAAUCAAGUCCAUAUGCGGCGCACUUUGGAUCAGUCGUAUCGGAUGGCGAGUCUCACAUGGAAACGCUGGUAUUGGCGGCACUGCCGGUGUCGGAGGAUCUGCCGGUGUUGGUGGCGGCGUGAGUGGAACCGCCGGUGCUAGCGGAAACGCAGGCGCCACUGCAAGUGCCGGCGUGAGCGGAACUGCUGGUGUCGGCGGCAAUGGUGGCGCUAAUGCUGGUGCUAGCGUCGGAAGAGCUGGUGGUGUCGGUGUCGGCGGAGGUGUCGGCGGAUCCACUGGUGUCGGAGGAACCGCGAGUGUCAGUGGCAACGGUGGCGCCAAUGCCGGUGCCGGUGUGGGUGGGACUGCCGGUGUCGGCGGCACACCGGGCGUCGGUAGAAAUGGCGGCGCUAAUGCUGGUGCCAGUGUGGGAGGGGCUGGUGGUGCUGGCGUUGGUGGUGGAGCGACCGGAAAUGCUGACGCUAGCGCGAAGGCCGGUGCGAGCACCAGCGUGGGAGGAGCCGCUGACACUGGCGCUGGUGGGGCUACGACGACUGCGACCGGCAACGGCGGCGAGGGCCUAUUACUUUAUGCACGCAAAGGUGACCAUGUGCACACCCCGAUCGACCUCCGGGGCCUGGGGCAACUCGCUGUGGACUGCUGUCGAACGCGGGGUUCUUCACCAACGGCUCCUACAGAUUCUGUUCGAAACCGCCUCAACACCACCAUCAACGACGCCUCGAAUCACUUCAUAUUACCCGACACUAGCUCGCGCCCAUGCUCGUGGACGGCUUCGGCAAGUUUCCGAGCAAGUCCGAGCUUACUUGAACUACUGAACCAGGCCUACCGACCAAGGCCGGACGUUUGCUUUCGGCAGCUGUACAGUUCAACAUAG